AUGAUUGACUUAGUAAGAAGAGCUGAUCGAUACGGAGAAACUGUUGGCUUUAAGUAUAGAGGCAAGAAUUAGCAUCAAACAUUUAUGGGUGGGUUUCUCACUCUAAUGCAAGCAAGCUGGGUCAUUGCACUCUUUUUCAUACUUCUCUAUGAUAUUAAGAUUUUUCUUCAAACAAUAUUCUUGGGAUUGCAAAAUGAUAUUUAACUUGUUGGGCUAUUGGAAAGUAAUUGGGCUUGCAUAUCUGACUUUGAAGCUAACAUACAAGGAUAAGAUAUGAGUUUAGUGUAGAAUUUCUUAAAUAUCAAGGUUGAACUUUGUUAAAAUAGAUCAGAAUCUGGAAUUUCAAUCCCAGAUUCUGAGAGUCUUGAUUGUGCAUCUAACGAAGAAAUUAUGUAAUUUGUGAAUAAGGUAUAAUUUAUGGUAGCAUUUGUGAAUAAAUAUUUCGAUGCAGAUGAUUUCUCGUAGUCUAUAAAGAGUGAGGUUAAUAUAUAGUUCUAUAAUCCAGUUUACGGAUUCAAUCAGGUUUAAUAACUAAACUUACAACUUAAUCAGUUGAAUGUAAAAGAUAAUCCGUUUUUGGAUAUUUUAACUCUAAAAGAAUAUGAAUUUCUAAAAAUAUCUGCCUAAAAAACUACCUAUGCUGCCUAGUAACCUGGAUCUUAAGACGUCUUUAACUUAUAUCUAAUGUGUGAUCAAUAAGAGAUUUCUAUAGAGUAAAGUGUUUACACAAUAAUCAGUAUAUUCACUAUAAUCGGAGGGUAUCAUAAUUUUUUGACAUUUUUCUUCAGGUUCUUAAAUUCAACAUUCAAAAGAUAAAUUUUCUAUUGGGACUUAAUGAAUAAUAUCUUUUACUUUCAUUAAGAUGCUAGUAAGAGUAAGUAUCAUCAGCAUGAUAGAAAGUGUCAAUUUGAUAAGGAAAUUCUAAAACAUGAAAUUGCAAAAAGAGUCCAAGAUAAAAAAUACGAAGGAAUGAGAGAUGUUUGCCAAUUUUUUUACUUAAAAUUCAAAAAACGAGCAAGCAAGAAGUAUAAUUACUACCAAAACGGUUCAAAGAAACUAGACAAGAUAUUAGAUAUAGGAUAUAUAAUCAAAAUUAUAAAACAAACCUAAAUGGGUGUAAAGUUGCUUCUUAACAAAAGUUAGUAUAUUAGCCUAUAGUUUAUGAGCUAUAAUACCAUUCAUCCUCAAUAGAUUAAUUAUCAAAGAAAGAAUACUUUGGCAGACCUAGAUAAUUUUAGAUUUAAAAAAGCCCUCAAUGAAAUGAAUCAUAACUUCGACCGUCUCUCUUGUCAUUAUGAUCGCCAUAUAAAUAGAACUAUCAUCAACAACAUUUGUCACAUAAAAAAACGAAGAAAAUCACUUUUAAAGCAGCAAAAAAGCAAGACGAAUAUUUCAGAGCGAAUACUUCUACUCAAUUAGGAUGAAAAUUCUAAUUCAAUUAGAAAUAUCGAUGAAUCUCCUUAAAUCAGAUUUCACUAAGCUUCGAAUUUAGGAUAGAUAUUCUCAAAUGAAUUGAGCAAGGUAAAGCACUUAUAGAAACAAAAUAGACUGAAAAAUUCUAAUAAUUUCUCAGAUUAAGUGAUACCAUUUGAUUAAACGCCAAUAUCUCAUGAAAGAGUCCACACUAAUACACAAACAGAAUUUUCUAAGUUCAGAUUAAAAAAUGAAAUUUGA